AUGGGACCCGACCGCCAUCUUAAAUGGAUCGUCUUGGCGAUGGUAUUGGCUCAGCUCGUGGCCUGCCGUCUGGUGAGAGACUUGGCUUGGAAAUGGGUCCUAUUUUGGGCCUAUGCCUUUGGCGGCUGUGUGAACCACUCAUUGACUCUGGCCAUACACGACAUAUCGCACAACGUGGCCUUCGGGAACCGCCAGGCCAAAUGGAACAGGUGGUUCGCCAUGAUCGCCAACCUGCCCAUUGGCAUGCCAUACUCCGCCUCCUUUAAGAAAUACCACAUUGACCACCAUCGCUAUUUAGGAGGAGACAACCUGGAUGUGGACAUCCCUACAGACUUUGAAGGAUGGUUCUUCUGCACUCCCCUCCGUAAGUUGGUAUGGCUCAUCCUUCAGCCAUUGUUCUACGCCUUGCGGCCGCUCUACAUAAAUCCCAAGCCGAUCACCACGAUGGAGAUCUGGAAUGCCCUUGUGCAGUUCUCGGUGGAUCUUCUUUUGUAUCACACGUUUGGUCUGAAGCCUGUUGUCUAUUUGGUGGCGGGUUCCGUCUUCUGUUUGGGUUUCCACCCGAUAUCCGGACAUUUCAUUGCAGAACAUUACAUGUUCAUGAAGGGACACGAGACCUAUUCCUACUACGGACCUCUGAAUCUGAUUACGUUUAAUGUUGGCUACCACAUGGAGCAUCACGACUUUCCCAGCAUUCCAGGGAGCAAACUGCCUGCGGUUCACCGGAUUGCAUCAGAAUAUUACGACUGUCUUCCCCAUCAUGAGUCCUGGGCCCGGGUGAUCUGGGAUUUCAUCUUCAAUGAGGAGAUUGGACCGUAUUCACGAGUCAAAAGAAAAUGCAAGUUGGCAAAUGCGGGUUAA